UCUCCCCAUCUUCUGCUGGGUAUUCAAUCCAUGGCGACUGCAACAACGACGGCUACGGCCACCAGUGCCGCACGAGUGAGCCCGCAGGGUGGUAUCCUCGAAGGCGGCAACCCAACCGUUUACGACUCUAAGAACCCGCUGGUGUUGUUUAUUAUCCAGGCAGUGAUUAUUAUUGUGCUGUGUCGCUUGAUCCACUGGCCCCUCUCAAAGAUUCGUCAGCCUCGAGUGAUCGCAGAAGUCAUUGGAGGAAUUGUUCUGGGCCCAUCCGUUAUGGGUCGCAUCCCCGGAUUUACCGAUGCCAUCUUCCCAACGGCCAGCAUUCCCAGUCUCAAUGUAGUCGCCAACCUGGGACUAGUGCUUUUCCUCUUUCUAGUUGGUCUAGAGACUGAUCUUCGCUUCCUGAUCAGUAACUGGCGGAUCGCUCUGAGCGUGUCCGCUGCGGGCAUGAUCCUGCCGUUUGGACUGGGUUGUGCCAUCUCGUACGGUUUGUACAAUGAGUUUCAUGAUGACCCGGGCACCAAGCCUAUCCAGUUCGGGACUUAUUUGCUGUUCAUCGGUAUCGCCAUGGCCAUUACCGCCUUCCCUGUGCUCUGCCGUAUCUUGACGGAGCUGAAGCUGCUUUCCACCCGCGUCGGUGUCAUCGUGCUUUCUGCCGGUGUCGGAAAUGAUGUGGUUGGUUGGAUUCUACUCGCGCUGUGCGUGGCGCUUGUCAAUGCGGGCAGUGGCAUUACUGCGCUAUACGUGCUCCUGGUUUGCGUGGGUUACAUGCUUUUCUUGACUUUCGCAUUCCGCCCACUCUUCCUUCGCUUCCUUGAGAGGACAGGAAGUUUGCAGAAAGGUCCUAGUCAGUCAGUGGUAGCGCUGACCUUGCUGAUUGCAUUGGCUUCGGCGUUCUUCACCCAGGUUAUUGGUGUUCACGCCAUUUUUGGAGGGUUCGUGAUUGGUUUGAUCUGUCCACAUGAAGGUGGGUUUGCCAUCAAGGUCACGGAGAAGAUCGAGGAUUUGGUUGGAGCCCUUUUCCUGCCACUUUAUUUCACUCUCUCUGGUCUGAGCACCAACUUGGGCUUGCUGGACUCAGGGAUCGUCUGGGCCUAUGUUGUUGGUGUCAUUGCCAUUGCUUUUAUUGCCAAGGUGGCUGGAGGCGCAUUUGCAUCCCGUCUCUGUGGUAUGCUAUGGCGCGAAAGCUUUUCUAUUGGUGUCUUGAUGAGUUGCAAGGGAUUGGUCGAACUAAUUGUGCUGAACAUCGGUCUACAAGCGAAGAUCUUGAGCACCCGCACGUUCACCAUCUUCGUCGUUAUGGCCUUGGUCACUACAUUCCUGACAACCCCUCUGACGACUGUGUUAUAUCCAAAUUGGUACCAAGUCAAGGUCGAGCGAUGGAGACGAGGAGAGAUCGACUGGGACGGCAACCCUGUUGACCGCAUUGACCGUAAUGAUAGCGUUGCCAUUGCCAAAGAUCAACUGAAGAGCACCCCUGUGCGAAAGCUCCUCGUCUAUCUUCGUCUAGAUGGGCUUUCAGGUAUUUGUACCUUGGCAGCUUUGCUUAGCUCAAAGCGCCGAUCAUCUCUGUCGUCGCGGAUUCACCCUACGAAAAGGCCAAAGCAGAGCGACCAAACGAUCGAGGACCCCAUCCCCUCCGAAGAGGAAGAAGAUGCGACGCUGCGGGUACACGGUGUCAGGCUGAUGGAACUCACUGACCGUGACUCCAGCGUGAUGAAAGUUGCCGCUGCGGGUGAGCACGCACUAUGGGAUCCAGUAGUCAACACAUUCCGCGCCUUCGGCGACUGGCACGACCUUGCUCUCAUGGCAGGUGUUUCUGUUGUACCCGAGCAUUCCUACGCAGACACCGUCAUCGGUAUGGCGCAACAGGACACCGCAGAUCUUCUUCUUCUCCCCUGGAGCGAGACUGGAACCCUGGCUGACCGCCAAAAUGGCCUCGACGUCUCGGACGCAAAUCGAUUCUCGAACGGUGCCUACACCAGCUUCGUCUCUGAUAUCCUCCAACGGGUCUCUGGUCAUGUCGGUAUCUUGAUCGAGUACGGACCGGGGUCAUCCUCUAAGCGGCCUGCCAUCUCACGCACUGCCAGUGGUAUGAGUAUCCAGACUUCGCUUUGGUCCCGUCAACCAAACAACACCCGCUCCCAUCACGUCGUCCUUCCAUUUUUCGGUGGCGAGGAUGACCGCUUCGCUCUCCGUUUUGUCAUGCAGCUUGCCAAAAACGACCAAGUAACAGCAACAGUGAUUCACAUCGGUGGACGGAAUAGCGAUGCCCACAAGGGAGGCGUUACCACCGUCGUUUCACCUUUAAGCUCAAGCGCGCUCCAAACAUCGACCUCCCAAUCUGACCUGAUCUUUUUCGAGACGCUGCGCGACUCACUACCAGAAGAAUUAUCAGACCGCGUCGUCUUCAGCCAGCCUGAUUUAACCGAGUCUCUAUCCGAUCCAGUCCGAAUGGCCAUUCUCUCGGUACGAGAAGAGCUGGGCCAUACGUCUAACAAAGCGAAUAACAUCGUGGUCGUUGGGCGGCGCAGCGUCUCUUCUGAGAUCGAACUUGGCCUCUCUGAGGACAAUAUUGGACAAGACACCCGUCAGGCGCUUGGGGCUCUUGGUACCGCGAUGGUCCAGCCUGAUAACAAGAUCUACGGCAGUGUUUUGGUGCUACAGUCUGGUACUCACAGUGGACUCGCUGAUUACUACCGCUGA